AUGGGAUCAAUUGGAGAGUUAGCCACCCCCAAGGAAGACAAUGACAGAGUUUAUUUGAAAAUGGAUACCCCCAAAGCUUCUUUCAUCGCCUCCGCCUGCCAAGGCUCGGGGAACGGUCCUCAUGCCGCGACACAUGACCCAAGUUAUGUUGAGCCUAAUGACUCUCAUUCAACAGGCAAUGCACCGACCACACCGCCGAUUGCCAUUGUUGGAAUGGCGGUCAGGCUUCCGGGUGAUGUUAGGACCAUGGAGAGCUUUUGGGAUCUCCUGGUCAGCAAGCGAGAUGUGAGCACCGAGGUACCAGAGUCGCGGUUCAACAUCGAUGCAUUCUACAGUGAAUCUCGCCCCAAGACAGUCAAGACGCGACGAGGAUUUUUUUUGAAUGAUGAACUCGAAAAAGUCGACCCAUCUGCUUUCGGGAUGUCCAAUGACGCAGGUUCACAGAUUGAUCCACAACAGAGGCUCCUUCUUGAACUCGUAUGGGAAUGUAUGGAAAGCGCAGGGCAGGUAAACUGGCGCGGAAAAGACAUUGGUACUUAUGUGGGAAAUUUCGGGGAGGACUGGCUAGAGAUGUGCCUGAGAGAUCCUUUGAGAAUGCAGCGACUCCAAGUUUUUGGUGCGAGUGAUUUCAGUCUUUCGAACCGGGUGUCAUACGAGUAUGACCUUGGGGGCCCAAGCAUGACCGUCAGAACUGCAUGUUCAUCCUCCAUGGUAGCACUGCACGAAGCCUGUCAAUCAGUCGCUUCUGGAGAGUGCUUAGGGGCGAUAGUGGCUGGUUCAAACAUCAUUUUGACGCCCACCAUGACCACCCACAUGUCAGAAAACAUGGUUUUGUCAGUUGAGGGAGAGUGUAAGACCUUUGAUGCCGAUGCCAACGGUUACGGGCGUGGAGAAGGCGUCAGUGCCAUUUUUAUCAAGAACCUAGACCAGGCGGUUCGAGAUGGCGAUCCAAUUCGGGCAGUAAUUCGAUCGACAAGUACAAACUCCAAUGGGAAAAGUAGCAAGUUGGCCGUUCCUAGUGCUCAAGCUCAAUCAAAUUUGAUUCGAAAGGCAUAUCAGCGAGCUGGUAUAUCGGACCCCACCAGAACGGGUCUUUUUGAAUGCCAUGGGACUGGCACAGCUGCAGGGGAUGUCGCUGAAGCCGAAGCCAUUGCCCGUGUCUUUGGAGCUAGGGGUGUCAUCAUCGGAGCGGUGAAACCAAACGUCGGUCACUCCGAGGUCCCAUUCAAGGAGGCAAAUCUCCAUGUGGCAAAGGAGCUUCUCCCAUGGCCAGAGGAUCGUGACGAGCGAGUCAGUGUCAACAGCUUUGGUAUUGGCGGUUCAAAUGCACAUGUAAUUUUGGACUCCGCCCGCUCGUGGGGUCUUGGAACAGAGGGCUAUGAAAAGAUUCAGUUUACAAACAAUUGUCCGAAGCUCGUAACUCUAUCUGCACUGAGUCAGGAUUCUCUAGACCAGAAGAUAGGCCAGAUGGCAACAUAUCUCCAAGAUCGGAGUGUCCCCCUCCAAGAUCUAGCUUAUACCUUGGGGGAACGACGGGAUCACUGGAGAAAUCGAGCCUUCGCCAUAGUCCAACAAGGUGCGGUAACCGAACCUCCUGUGUUCAAAAAAAAUAAUGCUCCGGUUCAAAAACUACAAUCGGCGGUCUUCGUCUUUCCAGGACAAGGUUCCCAGUGGCCUGGCAUGGGGAAGGGACUUUUUGAAUAUUUUAAUUGUUUUCGUGAGGCUAUGAGGGCCUUGGAUCGAGUCCUCCAAGCUUUACCCCAGCCCCCUACCUGGACCUUAGAAGAGAAAUUUACCACAAUUGGAGAUCCUUCAUGUUUUCUGAAGGCAGAAUAUUCUCAACCACUAUGCGCCGCUGUUCAAAUUGGACUUGUGGACCUGCUCGCAUCCUGGAACAUCCACCCAAUUGCAGUGAUCGGUCAUUCAAGUGGUGAGAUGGUGGCUGCGUAUGCGGCUAAAUCGAUCACUGCCGAAACUGCUAUCACGAUUGCGUAUUAUCGGGGGCAGGCGAGCGGUUCACUCAAAAGGACAGGGGGGAUGGCAAGUAUUGGAUUGAGCCGAGAUUCCAUCGGGCAAUAUCUGGAAGAUGGCGUUGUGUUAGCGUGUGAGAACAGUCUCCAAAGUGUCGUGGUAUCAGGCGAUGAAGAUGCCCUGGUCAGGGUCCUUGAUCGGGUGAAGGAGGCACAUCCAGACACAUUCACUGGCCGUCUUGAUGUUGAAAUGGCCUACCAUUCCCUUAUUGGUGUACGGCCUAGCCAGACUGACAAGAAAACAGAUCAUAUGGCACCUGUGGGGCCCACAUUGGAAAAGAUGCUUCACGAUCGCGUUCCAUUCGGUACGCCGGAAGUCCCUUUCUACUCCACCGUUCUUGGCAGGGUGCUUACCGAGAAUGAUCACCUCGAUGCUGAAUAUUGGAGAAGGAAUUUGGAGUCCAUGGUCCUUUUUCAAGAUGCUGUUCAGGCCGCACUUGGGGAUUUACGCGAAGGCGCAUCAUGCUUUCUAGAAAUAGGCCCGCAUUGUCCGUUAUCUGGUCCUUUGCGGCAUAUAUUCCGAGAUACGAAGCCCAAAUCACCAGUACAUUAUGUCGCAACGCUACAUAAAGCUCAGGACGAAGUGUCGGACGCACUCGAAACAGCUGGCCAGCUUUUUCUACAGGGACUGCCAAUCUCACUCUCAUCCAUAAAUGGCCCAGGAAAGGUGUUGACGGAUUUACCGCCCUAUCCUUGGAAUUAUUCCAAGAAUGCAUUCCUUGAAAGCCGUGUUGUGCAUAAUUGGCGCCAUCGCCAAUUUCGCCAUCAUGAGCUUCUAGGCUCUCGGGCCAUGGAAUCCAGCGACCUUGAGCCUUUCUGGCGGAAUAUACUUACUCUGGAAAACAGUCGAUGGUUAUGUGACCACAAAUUCUCUGGAUCCGUGAUUUAUCCUGCCGCGGCACAUAUAGCAGCUGUCGGUGAGGCAGUUCGGCAAAUGACGGGAGCCACCGCGUUCUCAAUUCGAAAUCUUUUUAUUAAGAAAGCACUACUUCUGGAUGAAGACAAGGAUCUUGAGAUCAUGACCUGUCUUAAGCCCGCAUUCUUGACCAACUUUUUGGAUUCAGAUUGGUUUGAAUUUACGGUCUCCUCUUUCAACGGCAUUGAAUGGACCAAACAUUGCAUUGGACAAGUGAGCGGCGUGCAGCAUCCCCAAUCCACCGUGAAAGUCAUCGACUCGUUCAUCCGCAAGGUGGAUGCUUCUGCCUGGUACAAGUCAUUAAGCAAAGUUGGACUCGAUUAUGGCCCCUAUUUCCAGGGUCUGAGUGAUGUCUCAGCAGAUCCAGUCGGAAGAGAAGCAGUAGGCACGAUUUUUCGCAACAGUGAUCUUUUAGAUACUGAUUCAUAUGCAAUUCAUCCGACCCUCCUCGAUAAAGCGCUUCAAUUGGUCACCGUGGCAGCUACCAGGGGAAUUUCCCGGUAUCUCGAUCGAAUUGCAAUCCCUAUAUCAGUAGACAACAUCUAUGUGCAAACUUGUACCUCUACUGAUCUCAGGGCCGAGGCUGACUGCCAUGGUACCACAAACGGGCAGUUUACAGGCAACCUCUUCGCAAUCAAAGAGAACAAUGUUAUUCUCGACAUUCGCGGCAUUACCUGCUUUCCAAUGGAUUCAGAGGACUCCUCUUCUGAUUCUUCUAAUUCCAAAUUUGCUCAGGUUUGUUGGAAAGAAGAUAUUGAAUUCAUGCCUUCGCUUUCCGGGAUUCUACCACCAAGUCCUGCCAGAUAUGAAACCGAAUUCUCGUUAAUCGAACAGUUUUUUGCAUUGAACUUGAUCGUUUCUCAUCGCUUAUUGAAGGAUACAACACCAACAAAGACUCACUUCAUAAAAUACGUCAAUUGGCUGAACACUCAGAUGAGACGCUUUGAAGUGGGAGAAUACAGUCUUGUUCCACAGACAAAGUACUGGGUAGAGUUGACCGUCGAGAGUCAGGGACUGCUUCUCUCAAAGAUCGGGGAUGAUUUGGUAAAGCUGGGCUCCAAAUGGGACUUCUGUUUGGCACUGAUGAGAAGAUUCAAUUCCUCAAUAAAGGACAUCGCUGAUGGGCGUAUAAAUCCUCUAGAGGUUUUGAUGGAAGACGAUUCAUUGGAGAGACUCUACGCCAGUGUAGCUGGUCUGUGUGAUUAUCAACCAUUUCUCCAGGCACUGGGCCACUCAAGGCCAUCCAUGAGAGUUUUGGAGAUUGGGGCAGGCACCGGUACGACCACAGCCGAUAUUCUUCCAUAUCUUCAAACCUCGCACCUCGGAAGAUCAUAUUCAGAAUUCUUCUUCACGGAUAUAUCACCAGGAUUUUUUGCCUCAGCAAAAGAACGAUUUCGAAAAUUCCCCGCCCUUACCUUCAAAACUCUUAACAUCACGCAAGAUCCUGUGCGCCAGGGUUUUCAAGAAGGUUAUUUUGACUUGAUCAUAGCUGCAAAUGUAUUACACGCAACGCCAUGUCUCCAAGAAACUCUCGCAAACACUCGCAAGCUCCUUGCACCUGGUGGUUACCUACUCCUCCAAGAACUGAAUCCGGAGUCAAUUAGAGUCGAUUUUCUUAUGGGGGUUCUGCCUCAGUGGUGGCUUGGUGCAGACGAUGGACGCGCAGAGAAACCCUAUGUCUCACCUGAGAGGUGGGAUCAGGAGCUUCGGAGUGCUGGUUUUACUGGAGUUGAGUCAAUUUCGCAUGACAACGUUUGGCCAUAUCAAUUCAACGCAAACAUGAUAUCUCGAAUACAACCGUCAACUAAAAGUCUCAAAGUGAGUCUUCUUUACGAUGGUACAGUCAGCGAGUCGGCAAAAAUGGUUGAGCAGGUCUUCUUGCAAAAUGGAUACAUCGUGGAUUGGUUUACCUUAGAACAAGGUGACGCCUCUCAUGAGCAUGUCAUCUCACUGCUCGAUCUUGAAACUUCAUUCUUCGAUAAUAUCUCUGAAACGCAGUUUAUCGCAUUCCAGACCUACAUAGCAAACUCAAUGCCAAAAAGUAUGGUAUGGAUCACACGUGGGAUCCAAAUGCGCUGUACGGACCCCCAGUGGAGCCUCACUUUAGGCAUGAUACGAACACUCCGUUUGGAAUUAUCUAUUCCAUGUGCCACCUUUGAGAUGACCUCUAUUGAUCAAGCCACCUUGGCAUCUUUGAUUAAAGUGCAGCAAAAGGUCCAGCCACCCCUCAACACUACUCUCGAACCAGACUAUGAGUAUUCAUCUCAAGGUGAGAGAGUCUUUACCAGUCGCUACUUUCCCACCGAGGUGUCAACAGAGCUUGAAGAUACAUACAAGCAGUCCAAAUCCAAGAGAUUGGCUAUCGCCACCUGCGGCUUGCUUGACACUCUUCAUUGGGUGCAAUUUCAAAUUCACCCACCAGGAAUCGGUGAGCUAGAGAUUGAAGUCAAGUAUGUUGGCUUGAACUUCAAAGAUCUGAUGCAUGCCAUGGGCUUUAUUGGCUCGAAAGACGACAUCGGAAUUGAAGCAACGGGCGUUGUUCAGAGGGUUGGGCCUGGCCCACAUGGUCAAGUCUUCCAGGAAGGUGAUCGAGUCUUUGUUGUUGGUACCUCUCUUUUGAGGACCUCCGUAGUCGUUCCAAGCUUUUGCUGUCUUCAUAUACCGCCGAAGCUAUCUCUCGAAGAUGCUGCUACAGUGCCAGUCGUCUUUUCCACGGUCAUCUAUACACUCAACACGCUUGGAGGGUUGCGAAAAGGACAGUCCGUUCUGAUUCACUCUGCUGCUGGCGGGGUUGGUUUGGCAGCAAUUCAGUUAUGUCAGCUACUGGGGGCAGAGAUUUAUGCAACCGUUGGUAGUGAUGCCAAGGCACAAUACCUUAUUGACAAAUAUCAAAUACCCCGCCACCGAAUCUUCAAUUCAAGAAACCCAAGUUUCAAGGACGGGGUCCUUGGUGAGACCAACGGAAAGGGUGUAGAUAUCGUUCUCAACUCUCUCUCUGGUGAGAGUCUCCAUGCCUCAUGGGAGUGCGUCGCAGAGCAAGGGAAGAUGCUUGAAAUUGGAAAAAGGGACAUGAUGGGUCACGGCAAGCUCAACAUGAAUCCUUUUUCAGAAACCAUGGGGUCGUAUCUUGACCAAGGUGCACUCAAGCCUAUAGAGCCCAAAAAUGUAUUCGAGGCCACAGAUGCUCAAGCAGCCUUCAGACUCAUGCAAACUGGUCAGCACAUGGGGAAGAUAGUUAUCAAGAUUCCCGAGAACUUGGAUCAAAUCCCGGCCUCUGUGACCGACUCACCACUUCCCUUUUCCCCAGAUGUUUCUUAUGUCUUGGUCGGAGGUCUUGGGGGUCUUGGGAUCGCUAUAGCUAGAUGGAUGGUUGAACGAGGAGCAAAAAGCCUGGUGUUCUUCUCCCGGUCCGGAAACAGCACUGAUGAAACCAGGAACUUUGUUCAAGAGCUUGAGGCCAUGGGAUGCACCGCAAUUGUUGUGGCUGGUAGUGUGUUGCACAUGGAGGAUGUAACGCGGGCCAUUUCUGCGUGCCCCAAGCCAUUAGCUGGGGUGAUUCAGCUAGCUAUGGUUCUCCAGGACCAUACAUUUGUGCAUAUGACACACGAAGAAUGGCUCACCACUCUUGCUCCAAAGAUUACUGGGACAAAGAAUCUAUACCGGGCGAUACAAAACCACAGCAAACUCGAGUUUUUCCUCAUGUUUGGUUCCAUCGUGAGCAUCACUUCAAAUAUCGGACAAUCCAAUUAUGCUGCUGCAAAUUGCUUCCUUGAUGCGUUUGUCAAGGUUUGUCGCGCCGAAGGCUGUCCUGCAUGUGUGAUUCAGCUCGGUGUCAUGGCAGGUAUUGGCUAUGUCAGCCAAAAUCUCGAAUUACGCGACAAAUGGAGCGAGUACACAGCUUACAUGCUGAACGAGAAGGAUCUUCUUCAAGCGGUACAGGUAGCGAUUGAAAAAGCAAGGUUAACCGGGACCGAUGAAAAUGACCCUUCUGCAAGCACUGUCCUGUUUGGAUUGCAGGAUUUUGUGCGAUACAUCCCUCGAGAGGCUUACCGAACUGACCGUCGCUUCGCUCCAUGCCUUCUUUCGGUUGAGGAAACCCCAUUGACAUCUUUGGGUUCGGAUUGGCUCGACGAAUUCGCAGCCAGUAUAAAGCAUGAUCCCUCCAUUCUCAACUUGCCUUCCACACUCGAAAAGCUGGUUGAGGAAAUUGCACGCACCAUCAACGGCCAGUAUGGCGAAGAUGAAUCUCUCAAGGCACCUGGGGAGGUUGAAAUUGACUCUCUCAUGACCAUUGAGAUUCGGAGCUUGCUGCGCAAGCGCCUUAACAUUGACAUUCCGACAUUGCAGAUCUCCAAAGCAAAGAAUGUGCACGGCUUGGCCUUACGCGUGAUCAAGGAAUUGAAGGUAAGAUAUGGAGUGAAGGAUGGGGAGCAAGAAUUAGAGGAGAAGACGGGAGAUGAUGCCAAGGAAUAG